AUGCAGCGAUUUAAAUUAUUGGUAAAUCCUCUUUACAAUAAUAUUAUCUCAGCAAAUAAACGCGUUGUGCUAAGACAGUUUUCCAGUGAAAUUAAGGAUGGAGAUAAAAUUGAUCAGCCGGAGGAAAUUAAAUUAAACAGUGAAAAAAAUAAUGAAAGUAAAUUGAGUGGGUUUGCAAAAGCUUUUGACAAAUUUAAUCAACCCGAGCCGGUGAAAGUUGUCAAGGAGAAAACUUUUGCAUCGUUACUUCGGAAUUCUAAAUUAAUAGACGAUGAUUUGUACAUUGAUUUUGGAUGGAAAUUUCAUUGCGUUUGUCCACGACCAUUUAAAAAUGGACAUGAAUAUAUCAGAGGAGCGACGGUAAGAUUAAAAGUAAAAGAAUUAGAACUGUCAACAAAAUUCUUGGGUGCUGCUAAAGAUUUAACAAUUCUAGAAGCUGACUGUGUGUUACUUGGGUUAAUAAAUUCUCCAAUUAGAAAUAUUAACAAAGUCCAGAAGUAG